AGACAUACUUAGGGUGAAGAACAUAACAAAAUGAAUUUGUUUUUAAAAACCAUUCUCUUUGCAUAUUUUGCGUACAAUCCUGUAAAAGGUGAUUCGAGAUUAGUUGGUGGUUCGGUCGUAUCUUCAGAUUUGGGAAGGUUUCAUGCUUCACUGCAAAACGUUAGCGGGCACCACGUGUGUGGGGGUGCAAUUGUUUCAAACAGACAUGUAGUGACAGCAGCUCAUUGUGUUUUUGGAGCAGAAAAGCAGUACAUAAGAGUGAUUGUGGGUACUAAUAAUCUAGACGAAGGAACCUUACAACAUAAUGUUAAAGCAAUUUAUAUUCACGACCUAUACGAUAAAGAUACGAGGCAACACGAUAUCGCUCUGCUCAAAGUGACAGAUAUUGACAUAAGAUAUUCCGAUGUCAUUCAUUUGGACGAUACACCUUUGCAAGAAAAUGAUCCGAUUACCAUUUUUGGUUUUGGAGCUGAAAAGCCACAUGGGACAUCCACUCGACAAAUGCAAGCGCUAAAUUCAUUUGUAUUUAAUCAAGAAACAUGUCGCUAUGCAAUGAGAAAUUCAAGAAAAGUCUACGACUCAAUGUUUUGUACGUUUACUAAAAUUGGACAAGGCACAUGUCAUGGUGAUUCUGGAAGUCCGUUAGUAAGAGGAAAUAAAUUAGUCGGCAUAGUAUCGUGGGGUAUGCCGUGUGCGAUUGGAUUUCCAGACGUCCACACAAGAAUAAGUACUUACGUUAGAUGGAUUCGUACCAUGAUACAUUACUGCCCAGCGUCUUAGUGAUAAGACAGAGAGGGGUGAUAUGUGAGUACAUGACGUACCAUACAGCAUUUGAAACAAAAAAAAAAACAAUGACAAAAACAUUUAUUAAGCUUCUAAAUCCAGAAUAAUUAUAAACCUGGAUAUAUAAUUUAUCGUAAGUACGUCAUUAGAGAGAUUAAUCUUAAAUAGUGGCUUGUACUUGUUAUAUCAGUACAGUUAGCAAAAAAAUAAAUAAAAACAUUCGCCUUUUGAUUCACCUAAACAUUUUGUGUUAAUAUUGAAGAACAAUAUUGAUAUUUAGUGGGAGACUCCUUUGCGCAGGAUGCCGGCUAUAUUAUGGGUACCACAACGGCGGCUAUUACCGCCGUGAAGCAGUGAUGUGUAAGCAUUAUUAUUUCAGUCUAAUAGGCGCCGUAGCUAGUGAAAUUACUGGGCAAAUGAGACUGAGCAUCCUAUGUCAUCUCAGAAUUUUUGUGUAUUUUCAAGAAUCCCGACCCUUAACUUAUAAAAUAAUAAACCAAAAAGUAUAAUAGUAAUUAAUUUUGUUGCACCCAGUACUUCUGCGUGUGUGAGUAUAGACCGCAAUCGAAUGACAUUAUUUUCUCUAUUCAGUCCUAUAAGAGCGUUGUCAGCGUCGCUGAACAAUAGGAAACCUACCCUACUACACAAAUUAAUUAUCUAGGCUUAGACUUCGGAGGUAACAAAUAGACAGACAAUACUUUGAUAUUAGAUGUAAAGUAGUUAAUCUAAAAGCAAAGGAAAUUAAAUAAAAGUACUUUCAAAUAAAA